UGAUGACUUGUUUUACGACAAAAUUAUUGUGUUUUUUGUUGACAUUUGAAAACAAGACGUAUGUCUCGACACCGGAUGUCCUCCGCGUGAACUGAUCCGCCGCACAGACAAUGGAUAUACUGUUGCAGAUAGUGGUGAACGCCAUGAUGUCUUGGGCCGCCUUUUACGCCACGCUGAAGGCCAUACCGCAGGCCCGGCCGGUGUUCAUCAGAGCCAACCUCUUCGGCAUCGAUCUCUGCAAACCAGACAAAGAGAAAAAAGUGGCCGAGUCUCAGGGCGUGAUCGCCGGCUGCGUGUAUCUGGUGGUGAUGUUCCUCUUCAUACCCGUGCCGUUCGCCGCCUCAUCGCAACCUCUCGGCCACGAGUGGCUCUUCACUCUUGAGGACUUUCGGCACGAAGUGUUCGCGCAAUUCAUAUGCGCUCUGCUGUCCAUCUGUUGUAUGAUAUUCUUGGGCUUCGCGGACGACGUGCUGGACCUGCGAUGGCGUACGAAACUACUGCUGCCCACCAUCGCCACCCUACCCCUGCUCAUGGUGUACGGCGUGACGUAUAACAACACGACAGUAGUGGUGCCCAACCCCUUGCGUCACCUCCUCGGCUACAGCCUAUGGUUGGGUCCCCUGUACUAUCUAUACCUGGGAAUGUUGGCCGUGUUCUGCACGAACGCCAUCAACAUCGUGGCCGGCAUUAACGGCAUAGAGGCCGGCCAGGGACUGGUGAUCGCCCUGUCCAUCAUCGCCUACAACGUGGUGGAGUUCGUGGCGUCCGACCAGUGGCAGUGCCACCUGUUCUCCUUGCACUUCAUGGUGCCGUUCGUGGCCGUGACGGCGGCCCUCCUGAGGCAUAACUGGUACCCGGCCCGGGUGUUCGUGGGCGACACCUACUGCUACUUCGCUGGCAUGACGUUCGCUGUGGUCGGCAUUCUCGGCCACUUC